AUGGACAAGAUCAAGCAAGCGGCCUCCAGCCUCGGCGGUUCCGGCCACAAGGAGGUCAACACCCAGGGCGGCGCUGGUAAGCAGGACUACGUCGAUAAGGCCUUUGACGCCGGCGUCAAGAAGUCGGGCCACAGCAUGGACCGCAACACGCAGGAGAAGGUCACCGAUGCCGGGCGCGGCAUGUUCGAGAAGCAGACGGGCAAGAAUGUGCCGCACAACGUGUCCAACUAG